CGAGUGAACUCGCGACCCCGGUUUUGACGCCACGACAUCGCCGCCAUGAAGCGCCAGCACCCUUCGAGCAAUGGCAAGGGGAAAUGGACCGGCAACAAGAAGACCAAGUCUGUUCAAUUUAAAAGCGCCAAGCAUGAUGACGACGUGGGUGGAAGUGACGACGAUGACGACGACGUGAAGGGGGUGCUCGAUAGCGACGACGACGACGACACGAAGAGCAAUGGUGAUUGCGAUGAGGUUCAUCAUGCACAGCGACAUCACAAGCAGCAAGAAGGCGAAGAAGACGACCGACCAGACAUGCCGCAGUAUGCAGAAGAAGGUGUGCGCAUGAUGGCCUUCAAUUUGAAGGAAGACAGAGAGGACGGUCACUUUGACGAAAAUGGGAAUUUUGUAUGGGCCAAGGAAGACAAGCCGAUUCAGGAAGAUGCUUGGCUGGAGAAUGUUUCUGCACAAGACAUGGAAGGUGCGGAACGAGCUUACAUCCUGAGGCGCGAAGCCCAAAAAGACGAGGAGGAAUCUUGGACAGAGCGCCGUGCGACCAGUGUGUUCAUGGAGGUGCUUGAAGAAGGUGAGACCGUGCUGAAGGCACUGAAGCGGCUGGGAAAGAAGAAGAAGGGCUCGAAAGGACCAGACCAAACCCCGGACAUGAAGCGAGAGUUUGACGAGCUCACAGAAGCGUCGGAUUAUCUCAUGCGCCAAGGAAAGGCAGACGUGUACCACACCCCCAAGGAGCAAUUGGUGCCGCAAGCUCCCGCCAAGCCGCCAGUACUGUGGGAAUACAAAUCGCAAGACGGGCAGAUUCAAGGCCCCUACCCGACAGCCAAUUUCAUUGCAUGGCAAGCACAGGGCUACUUUCGAGGGGACAGCGCUGUUCAAAUACGACAAUACGAACCUCAAAAAGCCGUGGCAAGCGAAUCGUCGGCGACGCAAGAUCUCGAAGAUGACUUUAAUGACGACGACGACGACGAGGACGGCGGGUGGGUGUCGUCCAACACUAUCGACUUCCACAUGUACAGUCGUUGAUAAUGUAAGGCAGUCCCGGAAACAGCCGUUCCGUCGUCGACCAAUGUGCGCGGAUGUAUCAUGGUGUGGCACUCCCUGUCACAUUCACUCGACGACUUGUCUGCCUCCACGCAUAUUCGGUUGCGCUCAUCUUUGUUUGCCGCUCCUGUCUGCU